AUGAUGACCCAAUGUGAACCUACCGAUUUCGGUCGGCGAAUGAAUUCCAUGAAUGUGGACUAUCUUUUCGAAACAGUUCCCACCAUAACGUCGAGUACAGCCACCACUAGUACGACCACCACCACCGCCUCGUCUUCCAUGGACGAGUCAGCCGGUAUCAGUCCGGCCGAUUCCACAAACAACUCGAACGUCAAUAUCGCCCAAACUGCAAAUAAACCGAAGCUUGGAACUUAUUUAAUCGAUCGUACUAUUGGCAAGGGCAUAUUUUCCGUGGUCAAAUUAGCUACGCACACAAUCACUGGAAUAAAUUUGGCCAUAAAAAUUAUCGACAAGACACGAUUGGAUGCGGAAAAUUUGGUCAAAAUUUAUCGCGAAUCGGAAAUUCUGAAGAAGUUACACCACCCAAACAUCGUAAAGUUGUUCCAGGUCAUGGAAACACCCCGACUGUUGUACAUAGCAAUGGAAUUCCUCCCCAACGGCGAAGUUUUCGGUGAGUGA